AUGUCCGAGUACACAUCCAGUCGCGAGGGUUUCGAGCGAGCCAUGAAGUGGGCCCUUACUGGCCCUUCCGAAGAAGCUAAGGCGUACGCCGAAGGCACCGCAACAUCGAACUUCUAUCACGUUAUGAACGGUCAACACUUGGGCUACGAUGUGUACAUCAAGGGCAUCGCUGAAUGGCGAGCCAAAAUCAGUCAUUAUGAGCCGAAAGUACACGAGUUCCUCCGCGAUGGAGAUCAGCUGGCUGCGCGUAUGACUGGUACAAUUAAAGUUGACGGGAAUGACACUGAAUUCGAGAGCUUCUUGUUUGCUAAGAUAGAAAGGGCCAGUGGGAAGAUGGAAUGGUUGAUUGAACGUUCAGUCUGGGGUCCUGUUGGCGGAGCCUCCGAACAUGGCGUCAACUAA